ACGAAUACGAAAUGUCAACAUUGGUAAAUCGUGACUUGCCACCAAUACCAGUUGAUUCCAAUAGUCCAGGUGAGCAUGACCCAUUCAGAGAUAACAAUUCCCACAACCCUAGAAAUUUCGAUAUGGUUUCUCUUGAUACUGAACAGAACUAUUCCAAUCCAUUCAGUAAUCACGAUAAACCAACUGAAACAUCUAAUGAAAGUAGUAGUGAUCAAGAUUUUGAAAGUGUAGAGGACAGAUUUAGAAGAAAUGAAAAGAAUCGAAUACGUACAUUAAGAAGCAAACCUCGAUUCCAUUAUACCCGUCUUCCUUAUUUCACCAUUGUUGUUACCUUGAUUCAGGUUAUUGUAUUCAUUGUGGAGUUGGUACGGAUGAGAAUUUUAACGGGAUCAGCAUUUCAAACCCAACCAUACUUCAAUCCCAUGUUGGGUCCAUCAACAUAUUUGUUGAUUAACAUGGGUGCAAGAUAUGUACCUUGCAUGCAUCAAGUAUUGGGGAUAACUAACGAUACUACAAUUUCAUUCCCCUGUGCUAAUUCCACUACAGUUGAUACUUAUGUAUGUAACCUUGCUGAAUUAUGCGGUCUUUCAGGGAUACCAAUUGAGAAAAAUGCAUUUAUUCCUGAUCAAUGGUAUAGAAUCUUUAUUCCAAUUUUCCUUCAUGCUGGGUUCUUGCAUAUUAUCUUUAACUUGUUAUUACAAGUGACUAUGGGAGGUUCAAUUGAGCGUAAUAUUGGAAUUUUAAAAUAUGCCAUUAUUUACAUUGCUAGUGGUAUAGCUGGGUUUCUUUUAGGGGCAAACUUUACCCCGGUAGGUAUUGCCUCUACUGGUGCCCUGGGAGCGCUUUUCGGGAUAGUAGCUACAAAUAUGAUCUUGUUUGUUUACACUGGAAAGAAGAAUACAAACAUGUACGGUACAAAACACUACACUCUUUUUAUAUUCAUCAUGAUUGGGGAGAUUGUCGUGUCAUUUGUAUUGGGACUUUUACCCGGGUUGGAUAAUUUCAGUCAUAUUGGAGGAUUUGCUAUGGGGAUUCUCAUGGCGAUUGUCUUUUUGAAAGAUCCAUAUUGGGUUUAUGUCGAUGGAAUAAUUGUCUAUCGAAAAGGGCGUGAUACUUUACAACAAUUUAUCGAUCAUUGGAAUCCAAUGUACGCGAUUGAAGACAAGAUACGGACCCGAUUCUAUAUAUGGAUUGGUGCUAGAGUUGUGGCAUUUGCCCUUGCCAUUGUAUAUUUUGCCGUGUUGAUUAAGAACUUCUUCAAGAGCGGCAUUGACCGUGGAGACACCUGUCAUUGGUGUAAAUAUAUCAACUGUAUCCCAGUGCAUGGCUGGUGUGAUGUGGGACAAGUUACUGUGUCAGAAGUUAAUAGCCCCACGGGAACCGCAACUGCCACACCUACACCAACAGAAACACCGGAAACUUCCAUGGUUCAAAAAACAAUAACUACCGUUCUCACCUCUGGUGAUAGUUUACCUUCAAGUAUUGAGAAUUCUAGUGGCCACAAGCGAGAUGUUAAUGCUAAUUAUGAUGUAUUCCAGGCACUGCCUGUUGUUCCUCGUAACCAGAUUGAUCCUGGUGAUGGAUUUGUACAUCAGCAGGGUGUUGGUAUUGGAAUUGGGAUUUAUAUGAUUAUUGCCAUGUUUACAUUUGGGUUUUUAAAGAGGAAGAAGGUUAUUUAGAGUAAAAAUUUUAGAAUUGUUUUUUUUUAUAUAUAAUGUAAUGAUAGUAAUGUUCGUGAAGAU